CAGAUCGUUGGUGACGGGUGACGCAGGUGUGAGGUAGCCGGAGUGUUCCCGGGCUAUUUUAUUGGGCAUUUUUGCUUUUAUCUCAGCGUCGUGAAGUGGUACGUACGUGAUAUAAAGGUUUUACCUUGCAAAGAUGGCAGACUCUGACGAUGAAUAUGAUAGAAAGAGACGUGAUAAAUUCAGGGGUGAGAGAACGGAAUCGUACUCACGAGAGCGCAGAGAUGAUCGCAGGCGCGACGAGUGGGUUGAUAGAGAGUGGUCCAGCCGUCCUAGGCAACGUCCAGAUUAUCGAGAGUACCGAGGCGGUGGAAGUGGAGGCCGCGAUCGUUACAGCCCUGCGAGAUCCCAAGACAUGGGGCCGCCUUUAAAGAGAAUGCGAUUCGAGUGGGAGGACAGACCAAGAUAUGGACAUGAUUAUUAUGGUGGAAGUGGUGGCGGCGGCGGUGGCGGCGGUGGUGGCGGCGGCGGUGGCGGCGGUGGUAGUGGAGCAGGUGGAAAUUCUUGGAGCCCAGAUAAUUAUGCCUCUGCUCACCAUGGCAACCAUCACUAUGGCAAUCAUAAUAAUAGCAGCAGUCGAGAAGUUGCUGGAAAUUUCAGUAAUUCAAAUAUUGAAACCCAGCCACCCAUGAUGACAUUCAAAGCAUUCCUCGGUACUCAAGAAGAUACUAUUACUGAUGAAGAGGCGAUUAAACGCUACAACGAGUAUAAAUUGGAAUUUAGGAGGCAACAGCUCAAUGAAUUCUUUGUCGCCCAUAAAGACGAAGAAUGGUUCAAAAUAAAAUACCAUCCUGAGGAAUCAGUGAAAAGGAAAGAAGAGCAAGUAUCAGCACUUAAGAAACGCGUGGAAAUUUUUAUCGAAUUACUGAAAUCUGGAGAUAUAGACAAGGUGUCUGUUGAUGCCGAUCAAGCGGAUUCGUUGCUACAUCUUUUGGACGCAGUGGUUAUUAAAUUGGAAGGAGGAACAGAGGAAGAUUUGCAGAUUUUAAAUGUCAAACCACUUAAACCUAUAAUAACUAAAGAUAUUCUGAAAGAAAAAGAAGAUCUCAAGAGAAAAUCUUCUACAGAGAAGAAAUCUGAGAAUAGCGAAGAAAAUAAGGUGGAUGACGCACAACGUGACGAGAAAGAUUCUAAGAAUGAUUCUCAGAAUGCUAAUAUGGAAGUUGAAAGCUCGGUGAAAGAUGAAAAUACAAUAGCUGACAAAACCAAGGAAAAUGAAGACGAGAAAGUAGAAAGUAAAGAUGUAGAAGAAACUGUUGACGAUGAUAAACUUUCGGAAAAACCGGAGAAAUCCAGAAAACGUAAACGUACCGACAGCAAUAGUAGCAGCAGUAGCAGCAGCAGCAGUAGUUCCUCUGGUAGUGACAGCAAUAAACUGAACAUACCAAAAGUGGAAACGCCUGCCAACGAGAAGAUAGAAGCUGGUAACGAAGAUACCGAUGAAAAAAACGUUCAAGUAGAGAAGCAGGAAGUUAAAACGGAAGUAGAGGCAAAAAAUAAUAAAAAGUCUACAAUUGAACCAGAAGCGGUGAUCGAUUUGGCUAGCGAAGACAGAGAGAAGGAACCUAGGGCUUUGCACAAGACCAGUAGCAUUUUCCUUCGUAACUUGGCGCCGACCAUUACUAAGGCAGAAGUUGAAGCUAUGUGCAAACGAUUCCCUGGGUUCUUACGUGUGGCUAUAGCGGAUCCACAGCCGGAAAGACGAUGGUUCCGUCGCGGCUGGGUUUCGUUCGAGAGGCAAGUGAACAUCAAAGAAAUCUGCUGGAGUUUAAAUAAUAUCCGCCUACGUGAUUGUGAGCUUGGGGCAAUAGUGAACAGAGAUCUAUCACGACGUAUUCGAUCAGUGAAUGGUUUAACAUCUCACAAGCAAAUAGUCAGACAUGACAUUAAACUUAGUGCCAAAAUUGUUCACAAUUUGGAUAAUAAAGUGGGCCUGUGGAGAGAAGAGAAGAAAGAUGAAGUAAAACAGGAAGAAGACAAAGAAAACAAGACCACUCAAAGUAGCGAGAUUGAACAAGCUGCUUUUGGAUUGUCAUCGAAAAAUCCAGUAUUGAAGAAUAUAACGGAUUACUUGAUAGAAGAAGCUUCAGCUGAAGAAGAAGAGUUACUAGGUAUGUCAGGUGAACAAGAGGAAGGUCAGUUAGGCGAUGGAGAUAGUUCAAUUGAGAGAGAUCCAGUUUUAAUCAAGGUAUUAGACAGAUUAGUGCUCUACUUGCGGGUUGUUCAUUCCGUUGAUUAUUACAAUCACUGCGAGUAUCCAAACGAGGACGAGAUGCCAAAUAGAUGCGGAAUAAUGCAUGUGAGGGGAUGUCCACCUACAGCUAAAGUCUCAAGUGCAGAAUUGUCGGAAUAUUGUCGUAACUUUGAGAGCAAAAUGUCUGCCUUUCUACAACCGGUUGCUACUUUAUCUGACGAAGACUUCGAUAAACUAGGGGCGAAAAAUGCUGAAGCUGAGGUCGAAAAGUUUGUUCAAGCCAACACUCAAGAAUUAUCAAAGGACAAAUGGUUGUGUCCUCUCAGCGGGAAGAAGUUCAAAGGGCCCGAUUUUAUCCGCAAACAUAUUUUUAACAAGCAUUCUGAGAAGGUUGCUGAAGUGAAAGCGGAAGCUGAGUACUUCAACAAUUAUUUAAAAGAUCCAAAAAGGCCUCAGCUUCCUGAGCAUCCUGGUAACAAAGCUCCGCUGAGAGAAGGCUCGCGUGACAAUUUUUCGCCAUAUGGUUGCAGUUCGUACUCAACGCAAACAUCCACAAAUAUUUCUAGAUUCGGAAGUUACAGUAGUGGAUUUGGCAGUAACAGGAGCAAUUAUGGUUCCGGUUAUGGUGGCGGAUUUGGAUUUAGUGCGCCACGUUCUAAUCGUGGCGGAUUUAAUCGAGGACGUGGCGAUUUUCGACCAGUCAUACAUUAUCGAGAUCUCGAUGCACCGCGGGAACCGGACGAAUUCCUAUAGAAUGAUUUAAAGAGACAUUAAUCGAUAUAAAAAUAUAGACACUGCUUAGAAUCACUUAAAACAGCAACAUUUUCUUCUGUAAGUCAUAAUUCACAAGUGUGUACAUUGCAUACCUGUGUAUAUAAAUAUAUCUACAAUUAUUAAUUUCAAUUUCUGAAAUUUCGUCAUAGUAAGCAUGUAUGAAUAUUCAGUAUUUUCUAAAAAAAAAAUGAGAAAAAAUAUGUUACACAGUUUGUAUAAAAAAAGAGUAAGAUUUGAAACAUUGAUCAAAUUAAGUGAAAGUAAAAAAUCCAAAUUAAAUUUGAAUGGAAUGUAUAAAAUUAGCACCAAAUAUAUACUAUUCCAUAGUUCACGAUAUUCAUAUGAAAUAUUAUGAAUAUCCAAGAAUUAGAUGUUAUCAAAUUUUCGUAACUUGUUAUUCUCUCAUGAUUUGCUAAGAAAACAGUUUCUCAAGAUAAUUAAGAGACAAUGAGUUAAUUUGUGUACAAAACCACAUUAUACAAAUGGUAAAUCGCAAACAGUAGUGAGAAUUCAUUUUGCAACGUCGAAUUUCCGUUUAUCUCUUACAAAUCACGAAUUAUAUGUAAUCUGACUAUUUUAAAAAAUCCAAUUAUGUACUUUAUAUAUUGAAUUUCAUAGUGUGUUUAUAAUAAGUAGAUUUAGAUAAAUAUAUAUGCUACAUUAGGUCAUUUGUGUCGAUAACAUUAUAUUCCUCAUAAACUCAGAAUUGCGUAAUUUGCGUAAUUUCCCUUUUUUCAUGAACAGGAGUAUAGAAUUGGUUUAAAUAAAGUUAAUUAUCAUAAAUAUAUAUUUAUAAUUCGUUUAUAAUGCGUAUGUAACACAUGUCUUAAUAGUAACACAAUAAAAUGAUAUGAUCACAAUAA